AUGACCGAGCCCGAGACCCUGGCCCUACUGGAAGUGAAGCUGCCCGAGGCCCCCGAGAAGAACCCACCCCCCCAGGACCUGCUUCCCAAUGGCCGGCAGCCAGAAGGUGAAGGUGGGACCGAGUCCCACCUUCCUGGAAUUGGGUCUCUCCAGGGGGAGUUAUCAGUUGGAUCUCCCACAACCAAAGAAGCAGCCGAGGAUGGUCUUGAUAGCACCGUGAGCGAGGCUGCCACCUUGCCCUGGGGCACCGAGCCCCAGCCCUGUGCCCCUUUCCCGGAUCCUCCGGGCUGGAGGGAUAUACAGCUGGAACCUCUGGAAUCAGAGCCACCUAUCAAACCUGAGGAGCUGCCUGAGGAUGAUGCCAAUCCGCUGCCUGCCAAGGCAGCCCGGGCCUUCGUGCCCAUCGAUCUGCAGUGCAUCGAGCGGCGGCCCCAGGAAGAUCUCAUUGUGCGCUGUGAGGCAGCGGAGGGGGAACGCCGAGCCUUGCUGCCCCCUGCCCGGCUUCCCCACCCUGAUCCCCCUGAGUGCAGGUGGGCUGAGGCGGUGGUCAAGCCUCCCGGCCGGUCCUGUGCAGGCUGCGGGGGUUGUGGUGGCCGCGAGGGACUGAGGGCCGUGGCCUCAGUGGGAGCCGCCCUCAUCCUCUUCCCAUGCCUGCUGUACGGAGCCUACGCCUUCCUGCCCUUCGAUGCCCCACGGCUGCCUACCAUGAGUUCUCGCCUGAUCUAUACGCUGCGCUGUGGGGUCUUUGCCACCUUCCCCAUCGUACUGGGGCUCCUGGUAUACGGGCUGAGCCUGAUAUGCUUUUCCGCCCUGCGGCCCUUCGGGGAGCCUCGGCGGGAGGUGGAGAUUCACCGGCGCUAUGUGGCCCAGUCUGUCCAACUCUUUAUCCUGUAUUUCUUCAACCUGGCUGUGCUGUCUACCUACCUGCCCCAGGACACCCUCAAGCUGCUGCCUCUGCUCACAGGCCUCUUUGCCAUCUCUCGGCUGAUUUACUGGCUGACCUUCGCCGUGGGCCGCUCCUUCCGCGGCUUCGGAUACGGCCUCACCUUCCUGCCGUUGCUGUGCAUGCUGGUGUGGAACCUCUACUACAUGUUCGCCGUGGAGCCAGAGCGUAUGCUCACCGCCUCGGAGAGCCGCCUGGACUACCCGGACCACGCCCGCUCCGCAGCCGAGCACAGACCCCGCCCGUGGGGCUGAGCCGUCCCGGGGCUGCGUGCCUGGACUUCGACCCCAGCCCUGACCAUUGGUCAGAGCGGGUGCUGCCCUUCACCUUCGCAGGGACCCAGCGCCUGAGCAGCCAGCCUCCCUCGCGGGUUCACUGCUUUGCAGAACUCUGCCGCCGUCACGGGGCAAGGCCAAAGCCCCUCUUUCACCUAUCUCGGCGGGGACGGGGCCUUGAAAAAACUGGAAAUACUGCCUAUGCCCAAAGGCAGGUGGCUGAGCAUGAGAUCAAAUCAAGACUCUUGUUCUGGGGGAGCUGGGUUCGGGACCCUCCAAGGUCACAGCC